AUGGACGCCUCGCCGCUCGUCCGCGCCCACGACCACGCCCACGCCGCCGCCGCCGCCACUCGCCAGGCCUCGGACACGACCGUCGCCAUCAGCGAGCACGCCCACGCCGCCGGCGAGUUCGCCAAUGCCGCCCGCCACACCACCAGCGUCGAGGCCCUGCGCACCCUCAAGCUGCUCGAGGACCAUCACCGGCGGCUCGCCGCCCUCCUCAAGCUGCCACCCCAGUCCGCCCCGGCUGCCUCGUUGUCGUCAUCGCAGCACCCCGCUUCCGGCCGUGGCCCCACCGACGACGACGAUUCAUUGAGCGAAAAGUCGCCGCAGCGGUCCGAAAAGGCUCGCCCUGUUGUCGUCGUCGACAAUGGCGCCGCGCCGCGCAAGGACGCCCAUGCGAGGACGCCGGCUACCGUGUCCGGCCGGUCGCAGACACACCGCUUCGCCUCCCGCGACAUGUCGUCGUCGAUUGCCAGCAACCUGGCCUCGGCCAGAGGCAUCCGCUCCAAGUACCGGGGCCAGCCCCUCAGCCCCAGUGUCUCCAGCGACCAGGCGCCCGGCAACGUCGACCCUCAUCCGCGCAGGGAUGGGUCUAGGAUUAAGAUGCAGACCAUCAUGGACCAGACGGGCAAGCCGACCUGGGUCCCGCCCACGUCCUCCCCUUCCUCUUCGCCCCAACGGCCGCCCAAGAGCAGGGAGUCGUCUCCCAGGGUGGAUGCCGAUUCCGCGACUGUCGACGAGGGGGGCUACGCGCGCUUUUAUAAUACGUUUGGCAGCCUCAUCACCAAGAUAUCCGCGCCGUUGGCCUUUGCCGGCCUACCGCUCAUCCAAGAAGAGUCUUCUCUCAUGGCCGAGUCGGCGCCGACAUCGGAUGCGCCCGUCCCGGGUUCCCCGACUCCCUCGUCCCCCAAGCGCAAGUCCAGCCGACCUCCUAGCUCCCGCGGCCAGGACCCGGAUCUCUCCAAGAUUUAUUCAAAGGCCACCAUGAAGGCGCUGGCGAGGGAUGGCCACGCCGCGAGCGACUCCUUUUACGUGGUGCCCACGAGCGGACACACCAUGUCGUACGCCAACAUCCUUUCCUACGCGGAAAAGGAGAAGCGGCGCUUCGGGGCGUCCGCCCACGGCGAGCUCCUGGUGCCUGGCGAAGACGACGAUGACGACUUUGUCGACGCGCGAGAAACCCCCGUUUCGCUCUCCCCCGGGACGGCCAGGCGCAAGGCGGCGCGAGCGCCAGGCGAGAGGGAGUUGCGCAACAACAUCGAAGAGCUAAGCCUCGAGAAUAAAUCGCUCAAGGAUAUGCUCGACAAUGUCUCCAAGCGACUCCACGUCUUCGAGGCAAGCUCGCAGCACUCGGCCAUGGCCCUGGCCGAGAGCUACCGCUUUAUGCGGCCGAGCUCGCCCGGCGCGCCACCCCCAAGCGGCAAGCCCGUCGACGAGGCGCUGAUGAGGAAGGCCCAGGACGCAGAGGAGCAGCUGGCGGCGGCAGUGAAGCAAAUGGAGCGGCUCGAAAAGGACAACCGCAAGAUGCAGCGGACGCUCGACAAGUACCGCGAGAAGUGGGAGACGCUCAAAGCCGGAGCCAAAGCCCGUAGAGAGGCGCAGGUUGGGGAGAGCGUAGAAGACGCUCGCCAAAGCUGA